GGAGACGGUUCCAGGUGGGAACCCAGGGCCCAGUGCCAGCGCGCGGGACCGGGGAACUCUCCCGGGGCCCUAGCGGACCAGAGCGGGAAGGUCGCCGCAGCCCAGGCCCCGCUUCGGUCCGGGUGGGCCGGGCUGCCUCCCUUAGGGCUCCUGGGGCUAGGGGGGCUGGCGCCGGCGGGUGCAGAAAGCUCCGAGAAAAUGGACGUGGGACGCGGCCGGGGACUUCGGAGACCUGUGGACGCCCUCGCUUUAGGGAAUGGCAGAACGGAAGGCGGGAUCGUGCUUGCAGUGUAGACGCGAUUUUCAAAUCCCUCUGCGCCUCCGUCCCCAUAGCAACCCCGCGGCGUAGGCGGAAGGCCGCGGAUCUCCACUGCGCUGGGCCGCAAGAGCUCAGACUGCAGGGGCGUCUGUGUAAGUUUUGCUAUGACGCUCGCGUGCCCGCGUGUGCGCGCGCAUGUGUACCUGUGUGUACACGCAUGCAUAUGUACAGGAGCCAUGGAGGCUGUGGAACUCGCCAGAAAGCUGCGGGAGGAAGCCACGUGCUCCAUCUGCCUGGACUACUUCACUGACCCUGUGAUGACCGCCUGCGGCCACAACUUCUGCCGAGCCUGCAUCCAGCUGAGCUGGGAGAAGGCGCAGGGCAAGAAGGGGAGGCGGAAGCGGAAGGGCGCCUUCCCCUGCCCCGAGUGCAGAGAGAUGUCCCCGCAGAGGAACCUGCGGCCCAAUCGGCUGCUGACCAAGGUGGCCGAGAUGGCGCGGCAGCAUCCUGGCCUGCAGAAGCGGGACCUGUGCCAAGAGCACCAGGAGCCCCUCAAGCUUUUCUGCCAGGAGGACCAGAGCCCCAUCUGCGUGGUGUGCAGGGAGUCCCGGGAGCACCGACUGCACCGCGUGCUGCCUGCCGAGGAGGCGGUGCAGGGGUACAAGUUGAAGCUGGAGGAGAACAUGGAGUACCUGCGGGAGGAGAUCACCAGGACGGGGAAGCUGCAGGCCAGGGAGGAGCAGAGUUUAGCCAAGUGGCAGGGCAAGGUGAAGGAACGGAGAGAACGCAUUCUGCUGGAGUUUGAGAAGAUGAACCUCUACCUGGCAGAGGAAGAGCAGAGGCUCCUCCGGGCUCUAGAGAGGGAGGAGGAGGAGACCACCAGCAGGCUCCAGGACACCGUGGCCUGCCUGGACCGGCAGGGCCAUUCCCUGGAGCUGCUGCUACUGCAGCUGGAGGAGCGGAGUGCACAGGGGCCCCUCCAGAUGCUGCAGGACAUGAAGGAACCCCUGAGCAGGAAGAACAGUGUGAGUGUGCAGUGCCCAGAGGUCGCCCUCCCCACCGGACCCAGGACUUUAUGCAGGGUUCCCGGACAGAUCGAAGUGCUCAGAGGCUUCCUAGAGGAGGUGGUACCGGACCCCACCUCUGCAUACCCCUACCUCCUCCUGUACGAGGGCCGUCAGAGGUGCUACCUGGGCUCUCCGCCAGAGGAAAGCGGCUUCUGCAGCAAAGACAGAUUCGUGGCUUACCCCUGUGCUGUGGGCCAGGCCACCUUCUCCUCGGGGAGGCACUACUGGGAGGUGGGCAUGAACAUCACUGGGGACGCGCUGUGGGCCCUGGGUGUGUGCAGAGACAACGUGAGCCGGAAAGACAGGGUCACCAAGUGCCCCGAAAACGGCUUCUGGGUGGUGCAGCUGUCCAAGGGGACCAAGUACUUGCCUGCCAUGUCCACCCCCACCCCCACCCCUGUCAUGCUGACGGAGCCUCCCAGCCACAUGGGCAUCUUCCUGGACUUCGAGGCUGGGGAGGUGUCGUUCUACAGUGUGAGCGAUGGGUCCCACCUGCACACCUACUCCCAGGCCGCCUUCCCGGGCCCCCUGCAGCCUUUCUUCUGCCUGGGGGCGCCGAAGUCUGGUCAGAUGGUCAUCUCCACAGUGACCAUGUGGGUGAAGGAAUAGAUACCAGGCCGGGGGACUCGGGCACUGCCCCCGGCUCUGCAGAAGGUGGGGGCCUUCUGCUCACUGCAGGCCACCUGCCAGGGUUCUCUGGCAUCACGCUGGCAGCCAUUAGCCACGCAGGGGGGUUCUCAAAGUCUAUAACCAUGAUUAAAACCGUCAAACAUUAA